AUGAAGGACGAUUGGAUAAGGGCGGCUUUGACAGACGACACGGUGGUGGUGGACCUAUUGUUCCGUCUCCGGAAGUCGCCUUCAUAUGAACCAUUAAAGCCUUCUUUGCCGCCUCAAAAGUGGGGGCUCCGACAAGCGCGGUCCAAGCAGGUGACGAUGAGGAAGGAGUCAGCAACCACUACGAGCACGAGAUUUAGUCCUACCACUCCUCUGGCUUCGUGGAGUGGCGGCGCUACCUCACCCAGCGACGGCGGCUAUGACGAGUCGAGCCGACUCCCUUCCGAUCCAUCCUCCUCCAUCAGAUCCAAGGCAUUGUCUGAGCUCAAAGAGGAAGAUAGCUUGCUUUUGAAGGAGAAACUUCAUUUGUCGAAGGAAUUAGCAUCAACAACACACAUGACUUUCCGUGAACAGAGCGCUUGGAGCCAUAAUGCGAAGAGAAUGAAGUUAGAUCUAAAUCUACAGUCAGCUAGUGUUUUGGGUACCUUUGAAGAGGCCAAACAAUACAACGACCAGAUGGAGGCAUCAACUAGUGAGCAUAGACCGAGCCCAAGAUUUGAACCGGCUUCAUCUCAUUCCUGCAAAUUGAAAGACAAAGAGAGCACAUGCAAAGGAGGGUUCAUUCUACCGGAUUUAAAUAUGAUGCCAUUGGAGGAAGAGAGUGGCUCGGAAAGUUUUUAUCUAUCAAGUGACUGA